AUGGCAUUCUUCGCACAGCUCCGUGCUCUGUUUGGCCGUGAUGCUUUGAGCUGGUGGGACAGGUCUUAUUUUUUCGAUUGGGUCUUUGUGUUUGCGGUAUGGGUGCUCGGCUAUUUAGCCUCCAAUAUCCCGCCGUUUGAAAGAGAAUUCAAGUUGCAUGACUCUGCUAUUGACCAUCAUCAUCACCAUAGCCAGAUCUCAGGCGUGGUGAACAACAUAAUUGCUGUUUUUCUCCCAUUGACGACGGUGAUCGUCUUUGGCACAUUUCGACGAUCUUUGCUGGACAUUCACCAUGGCGCGAUAGCUGUCAUGGGUAGCCGAGGUCUGACACAUCUCCUCACAGAGUUUCUCAAAAACACUGUUGGGAGGCUGCGACCUGACUUCCUGGCACGGUGCAAGUGGGACAAAGCACUAAAAGAGUGCACAGGGCACAUUGAAAAUGUCCUGGACGGCCGACGGUCGUUCCCAUCAGGCCAUUCAGCAUCGGCUUUCACAGGGAUGACCUUCCUCUCGCUUUAUUUAGCGGGACAGACUGCGGCGUGGUGUUUCCACGCACCACUGCCGCCCUCGUCCUGGACAUCUAGCCGAGCUGGUAGGCUCAGUAUCACCAUAGCCCCAAUGAUUUGGGCGGUCUACGUGGCUAUAACGAGACUAGAAGACUAUCGACAUCACAAAGAAGAUGUGAUCGUGGGUAGCCUUAUAGGAAUCUCGACGGCGACCAUAUUCUACCUGAUGUUCUGGCCCAAUCCCUUUUACGCCAGUAACUUCCAACAACGAUCCUCGACAGAGCCACGAUUAGCCUAUACUCACGACACGUACAGAGACAGGAAUGGUGCAUUUGAAUUGGCUAGAUUCGAAGUAGAUGAAAGCGAAGCUGUUUAA